ACGUCAUCCAAAUCAUCUGACCAAUUCCUGGGCAACAUGGCUUCUUGCUCGGAGCGCAGUAGCUGGUUGCUGCUUUUCAGUUUGUUUUUGCACUCUCUAUUCCCUGCCGUGGCAGCGUUCGAUGGGGGUGAUGCGGUCGCUUUACUUUUGGGUGUCACGAUAUCUGUCGUUGGCUUCUGCGCCUGCUUGGGCUGGUACGCCCGCAAAAGAAGCGGACAGUUGUGAGAAUCGGCGGGAUGCGCGCGCCUCAUAGCAAGAAGGCCUGUUCAUACCCGGAAGUGAGGAGGACAUCUCCUCGAAAAAGAGACUCGCACAGAAAUGUGUUGAAAGGAUUUGCUUAUGGACAAGGAAGGAAAACAAAUAAACAAAGCACCCGACUCAAAUUGCACUGUUUUACUACGACCGAGACCUUAAAAGCAGACGGGGAUGGAUUUCCCACAUUUGUUGAAUCCCCGCUGUUCAUGUGUGCAUCGGGGCCAGGUGUUUUUCAUACAGCCCCGUUUUCUGAGCUUUUAUGUGUACCGCGAUUGAAGAAGGCGACAGCCGGAACGUGAAGAGCUGCCAUAAACGGAGAGACAUUAAGAGUGGAGUUUCAAAGCAACCUGCUUCAAAGUCAAAUGACUUCAUCAGUUUUUGAAUUCAAGUGUUACUUCGUCAUGCUUUCUCCGCUGGUUUGGUUAAUUUCUACGUGAACGUUUUGCUUAUUUCUCUGUUUGCAUUAUGCUAGACAUUAAGUGACGGGUGUCAUCAUGAUUUGCUCUAUUGGCCUUUAAAAUGGUCUCUAUCAUGUGUACUAUGUGCUCUCUUUUUUUCGUCACUCAAAUGAGAAGAGAUGUUGUGGUAUCUGAAAUGUUUCCCUGUACGUUUAGGGUCUGCUUGAUUUGAUCUGUAGGUUACAGAGUUACUGUGACAACAGCUACUAAAUCGGAAAACUGUCAAAUCAUGGUCCGAGGGACUAGUAGUAAAUGUUGCAAAUAAUGAGGUGAAUUAUAAAACAGAUUACUUUUUAAAUUAUAGAGUCAUCCUGAAAAUAUCCUUUUUUCGUUGUGUCAGAUUAAAUUGUCUGUAUAGGAAGUUUCUGUUUGCAGCAGCACAAAAUGGCACUUGCCCUCUUUACACGGUACAUUGGAGAAUAUUUAUUUUUUAAAUGCAUUCAGAUUAUACAGUACAAAAGUUAAAGGCUGGUCUUCCUUGUUACAAUUUACACUUGCUUUAUAAAAUGGUAUUGCUGAAUUUGUUAAAUUAAUACAGUGUCCUAUUAUCUGAUAAAUGAUUGUUUUAAAAAGUAUAGCUCUUUUACUCAAUACCCUUCACAAUGAAUUUUCCCUUUAUCUGCUUUUUGUGCCUUUUAAAUUGGUAGUAGAGUAACAACAUUCUUUCUGUACUGAUUUAUAAAUGAGUGCACCCCAGUUUAAAUAAUAAAAUGUAUUACUUUGCUAUGAAAAA